CACCAAUCACCUAAUAUGGUAUUUCUUAGGCCUACAAUGGGUGACGCGAUUCUUAAGCGCGCUGCGAAUAAUCGGGCUGAGUUGCGCGCAUUCUUGGGUCGACUAAAUGACCAACAACUAGAGCAUAUGGGCAAGCAGUUCUACUCCCUCAUAGCGGAAUCCGUCGAGAAAAUUGAUCGAGCCGAGUUGGUUCAACAGCAUGCACGCGCAUUUGGUGAAACUUAUGCCGGAUUAUGUCACUUGGGUUUUCGACCGGAUUUCUUUGCCGCAUUAGCGGAUGCAGCCAUUGCAGAAUGUGUCAAACUUGACGGAGGAGCGCAUAAAAGAUGCGAGACCCUGUUGGCGUGGAGUCAACUGAUCGGAGCAAUAUUCACGUCGGUUCGUGACGGAUACUACAGUCGUGUACGCUACCAAAGACGAAUUUUCAAUUACUUCUACACAGAUUACUGCGUAAAUUUGAUAACUCUUCUCUGCCUCAAAACACCGUCACCAAACAACUAUCGAUUGAAUAUUCAAAAAGUAUUGAUCAAGAAGCGUACAUUCACUAAUGGGCGGAGCUUAUAA